GCGGGCGCGGACAUGCGGCCUGGCUCGGCCGGGCCGGGAGGGCGGCUGCGGGCGCCGCGGCCUCGCGGACGGGGCUGGGCGGGCGCUCGGCGCUGACGGCGGCGCGACCCCGGGCGGCCCCCGCGGCCCUGGCUGGAUGGCGGACGCUGCCGGCCGCUGCUCGCCGCACCGAGUCCCCGGGCCCGCUCGGCCCGCAGCGCGCGCCCCCCGCCCCGCCCCUGCCGCUCCCCGCCCCUGCUAGCUCCGCAGAAGGCGGCGGCCCCCCGAGCCGGCCCGGGCGGGAGCGGCGGAGCGGCGCCGAGCGCGGGGCUCCCGGAGAGGCGCCGCAGGCCGGGCGCGGCGCGGGCAUGAAGCUGCAGGACGAGGCGGGCGGCGCGCCGGGGGCCGCGGGCGGCGACGACUCCCUGGGCUCGGACGGCGACUGCGCGGCCAACAGCCCGGCGGCGGGCGGCGGGGGGCGCGGCGGGGAGCCGGCGGGCGGCGGCGAGGGGCGCGGCGCGGAGGAGGGCGCGGAGGGGGGCGCGGCGGCGGCGGGGCGCGCGGGGCGCGCGGGGGCCGCGGGGGGCGGCGAGGGCGCGGGGGGCAGCGAGGGCGCGCGCCCCAAGCCGUACACGCGGCGGCCCAAGCCGCCCUACUCGUACAUCGCGCUCAUCGCCAUGGCCAUCCGCGACUCGGCCGGGGGCCGCCUGACGCUGGCCGAGAUCAACGAGUACCUCAUGGGCAAGUUCCCCUUCUUCCGCGGCAGCUACACGGGGUGGCGCAACUCGGUGCGCCACAACCUGUCGCUCAACGACUGCUUCGUCAAGGUGCUGCGCGACCCCUCGCGGCCCUGGGGCAAGGACAACUACUGGAUGCUCAACCCCAACAGCGAGUACACCUUCGCCGACGGGGUCUUCCGCCGCCGCCGCAAGCGCCUGGGCCACCGCGCGGGGGGCCCCGCGGCCGGACCGCGGCCCGACGACGCGGCGGCCCAGCCCCCCGCGGCCCAGCCGCCCGCGGCCCAGCCCGCGCCCGCCUCGCCCGCCCGCCGGGAGGGGCGCGCCAGCCCCGCGGGCAGGUUCUCCAGCUCCUUCGCCAUCGACAGCAUCCUCAGCAAGCCGUUCCGCAGCCGCCGCGCCGCCGACGCGGGCCCCGGGGCGCACCUGCCGUGGGCCGCCUCGCCCUGCGCGCCGCUGCCCGCCUGCCCCGCGCUGCUCCCGGGCGCCUCGGGCGCGGCCCUGCUGCCGCUGUGCGCCUACGGGGCGGCCGAGCGCGCGCUGCUGGGCCCCGACGCGCCGCCCCCGCUGCUCGCGCCCCUCGCCAAGGGGCCCCGCGGCCCCGCGCACCUGUACUGCCCCCUGCGGCCGCCCGCGGCCCCGCCCCGCGGCCCGGGACCGCACCUGCACCUGCCCUUCCCCGCGGAGACGCUCCUGGCCUGAGCCCGCGCGGCCGCCCCGGCGAACCCGGCGGGCACACAAGACUCUCCAUCAGACGUGCCUUAAAGCUGAUGCACCUGCGACGCAGACGCGCCACCUCCGGUCCGAACACCUUGCUCCUCCUCCUCCGGCGACCCGACGAAGGCCACACCACUUCUCCGCGGCUGCUGCGGGGCUCUGGACCCAGCCCGGCCCCUCCCUCGCUUCACAGAGACUUUUCCUACCUUCUCACCGCCCGGGCUCCCCCCUUUAUUCUUCUUAUUAUUAUUUUUGUUUGUUUGUUUGUCGCACCUUGCGUUGAUUUGCCCCCUUAAAAACAAGCAUCAGGGAACCAUUCUAUAUGAUAAAUGAUAUGACUACUGUUUGGGGCCGAGUGCCCCCCCCACCCCGCUCCUUGUAAGUAUGUGGCAAUUACAGGCAUGACUGAGUGUCAGACAAGCGUCGGAGAAUCUCCAGUCAUCUUUUUCUGCUAUUGACCAAUGCUUCACUGUGCCAAAAGACAAAAAAAAAGAAAAAGAAAGAAAGAAAGAAAGAAAGAAAGAAAGAAAGAAAGAAAGAAAGAAAGAAAGAAAGAAAGUUGGGUUUUGUAAUUAAAUUAUUUAUAUAUUUUUGAGACCUGAAUCGAAAAAAUGUUGCAGGCAACGGGCUACAGCUUUAUUAGUGGUUGGGUGAUCUCAAACUGUGGUCUCCUCGGGCCAAGCGAUGUCUUUUAAAGGGAAAGUUAGCAUUAUGUAUGUGGGGUGCCAGGACCACUGCCACGGAAAAGCGAGUGUGAUUUUUAUUUUUAAUAUUAUUUUAUUUGUGUCUGUACAUAUUCAUGUAUAAAUUUUAUGAAACCCAGGCAUAGUGCUUAUUUUUUAAUAAAACAACUGACUUUA